CUCCGAUAUAUCACCUGCGGCAAACAAAGAAACAAUCUCAGUAGCUCCGACGUUUUUCUUUCUCCGAUUUCUCACUGAUUUUUUGAUCGAAAGUUCCGUUCUCGGAAACGAUAAUGGCGGCGUUGGAGCCGGGGGUUUUGUUGAAGCUGUUGAAUGGGAUGAAGUCAGGCGAUAAGCCGACGGGGGAGCACCGGAGCUCCCUGUUGCAGGUCACCGACAUUGUUCCGGCGGAUCUCGACGAGAAGAAUCUCUGGCCGGAGCACGGAUUCUAUAUUAAGGUUUCGGAUUCCUCGGAUUCGGUCUACGUUAGUCUUCCGUUUGAGCAAGACGACCUCGUUCUCAGCAACAAGAUGCAGUUAGGGCAGUUUAUUUAUGUCGACCGGUUCGAACCCGGUUCGCCCGUUCCGGUCGUCAGAGGCGCCAGGCCGUUGCCCGGUCGGCAGCCUUUGAUCGGCACGCCCGAGGUGGCGCGUGGACGGAUCGGAGUUGAGUCCGUGAAUAAAGUCCGGCCUGCGUGGGGAACGGAGGUUUUUGCUUCUCCUAUGGUUCUGAAGCCGGUUCCUAUUGAUCUUGAUCAAUGUACGCCGGUGAAAGGAAACUCGCCGGCGAAAUUCGGCGGGGCGGUGAGGUCUUCAGUCGUCGGCGCCGUGUUUCCGAAACUGGCCGAGGCUAAAGGGGAGAUUCCGGCUAUUAUCGGGAAGAUUUGCGUCACGCCGAAGACGAUGAAGAAAUUUUCGAGAAGCAGAAGCGUAACGGAUUGCCGCGAACAUAGAAUCAUCAAAAGCCCCUUCCCUUCUGCGAUAAAGGAGAAGAAGGUUUCAACUUCACCCCCACAUUUAAGGAAUCCAGUAAUGGCAGCUUCUGCAACCAUAAUCUCGGAGAAUCCUCUGUGUUCUUCAGUGGUGGAAUCUCAGUCCUUUGAUUCACCUCCGGACAACACCAAUCUCCCUGGAAAAUUGAGUAUGUUGGGAAAGGAGGCAAUGCAGCACCGCAAUAGAGCCCAGAAGGUAGCUCUUCAGGCACUGAGAGAUGCAUCAGCCACUGAAAACCUCAUCCGGGCUCUCGAGAUGUUUUCAAACAUGAGUAAAGCAGCAAGAGCAGACUCCCCAGCAGCCUCAAUCGAUCAGUUUCUCGAAUUCCAUCAACAGCUAAAGCAAUCAGUGGCAGAAAUGGUAUCAAUCCAGGCAGCAACCGAAGCCACAGAACCGAAACAGAUCAACGAUCACGAAAACAACCCUUCCAUUUUACAAGAAAUCACACUCAAUUCAUCACAACAGUCUCCAACUCCCCACUCCCACGCCUCGAAACGAAGAGCUGCAGCCUUCCCAAGCGAUCAGAAACCGAAUUUGGGAAAGCAUUCGAGGCCAUCGUCAGCCAUGAACGACGAGAACAAGAAACCGGGCCCCCAUUGCAGCAUUUCGAACACAAUCAGAUUGGGAAAGCGGAUUGAAGACGAAGCUGGGAAGUGGUUCAUGGAUUUCAUAGAGGAAGCAUUGGAAAAUGAUGGGCUAAACAAGUGUAGAGGAAAGGGUUGUGAGUCAGUGUUAUUGAAAGUUGUUAAUUGGAUUGAAAUGGAACAAUGUGAGCCUGGCAAAAGAGCAGUGCAUUCCAGGGCAGCAAACAUUGCCAGGAAGCUAAGGAUCAAAGUGAAGAACCCUUGAUCCUCAUCCUAUUCCAUGCAAGAUUCUUAGAUUCUUUUUUUUUUGGAAAUCAAUUCUUAGAUUCUUUAAUCAGUUGUAUAUUGUUUCUUUUGUAUGCCUCUCCAUGGUUAAUGUAUUCUUUUUAUUGAAAAUGAAAAUCCCAUUUUGUUUGGUGUA